GAACGCAGUAAACAUGUCGGCAGUUGUUAUGUGCAGCUUUUCGCCGAAGUGUUCCUAAAUAAGCUUAGUGUGUGAGUUCCAGUUGUUCUACAUUCUGAUGGGACUGUUUGCCGUUUAUCAUAUUGAAAUUACAGGCAAGAAAAUUUGCAGUUGUGUGCAAUGAGUAGUCACCACCACUUGGGGCCCAAUGCCCCAACUGGAGAGAUCGAACACAUGAACUUCUUAUCCGAGCAUAUCGGGGCCUUGUACCUGAAUGAUGAGUACAGCGACGUUGUCCUCUCUGUUGAUGGGCACAAGUUCCACGGGCAUAAAGUUAUUCUUGCAGCGAGAAGUGAUUACUUCAGAGCUAUGCUUUUUGGUGGACUUCGAGAAUCACAGCAAUCAGAAAUUGAGCUUAAGGGAACCUCAUUAAGUGCUUUUAAGAGCCUCCUCAAGUACAUCUACACUGGUCAUAUGUCCCUGGCAAACCAAAAGGAAGAUGUGGUGUUGGACAUUCUAGGCCUAGCCCACCAGUACGGUUUUGUGGACCUGGAGGCGAGUAUUUCAGACUACUUGAGGGAGGCCUUGCAGGUGCGGAACGCCUGCAUUGUGUUUGAUGCUGCGCGGCUUUACGGUCUCACCCAUCUGCAAGCGGUAUGUGCCGCCUACAUGGAGAGGCAUGCUGCCGAGAUGCUCAGGCACCAGACUUUCUUGCAGCUGUCACCGGAAGCCCUCACAGAGCUGCUGUCACGCGACUCCUUCUAUGCCCCCGAGGUUGACAUCUUCCGUGCUGUGUGCCAGUGGGCUGCAGCCAACCCUGAGUGUUGUGAGCGGGCAUUGGGGGAAGUGGUGUCAACAGUGCGGCUGCCCCUCAUGUCCCUCUCAGAGCUGCUCGGCGUUGUCAGGCCUGCCGGCCUGGUCUCCGCAGAUGCGAUCCUCGACGCCAUCCAGGCUCGGACCCAGGCCCGGAACUCGGAUCUCCAUUACAGGGGCAUGCUGUUGCCAGAGGAGAACAUGGCCCACCCACGGCACGGCACACAGGUUCUGCAGGGAGAGAUGAGGGCUGCACUGCUGGACGGUGACUCCAACAACUACGACAUGGAGCGCGGGUACACACGCCACGCCAUCUCAGAGUCUGCCAGUGACCACGGCAUUGUCAUAAAGCUGGGCACCCAGGCCCUCCUCAACAGCAUUCGCAUGCUUCUUUGGGACCGUGAUCUCAGGUCCUACUCAUACUACAUUGAAGUAUCCAUGGAUCAGCUGGACUGGGUCCGUGUAAUUGACCACACCCGCUACUACUGCCGCUCCUGGCAAUGGCUGUACUUCGAGCCGCGAGUGGUGCGAUACAUCAGGGUCGUGGGAACCAACAAUACUGUCAACAAGGUGUUCCACGUAGUGAGCUUUGAGGCAAUGUAUACCGCAUCCAUGCCACCACUUCUGGAUGGACUUGUUGCUCCAAAAGAGAAUGUGGCAACCAUAGAAAAGAGCGCAUCGGUAAUCGAAGGUGUGAGUCGGAGUCGCAAUGCCCUCCUGAACGGGGACACGAGGACAUAUGACUGGGACUCAGGCUACACCUGUCACCAGCUGGGCAGCGGUGCCAUAGUAGUCCAACUCGGUCAGCCCUACAUGAUUUCGUCUAUGAGGUUGUUGCUGUGGGACUGUGACAGCCGCAGCUACAGCUACUACGUGGAGGUGUCGGUGAACACUUGGGACUGGGAGGUGGUUGCCGACAAGACGAGAGAGGCAUGCAGGUCCUGGCAAACCCUUACCUUCAAGCCCCGGCCCGUCGUCUUCAUCCGCAUUGUUGGGACACACAACACUGCUAAUGAGGUAUUCCACUGUGUGCACCUGGAAUGCCCUGCGCAGAUUUCUGAAGACUCGCCUCCUCCCUCCACUGGCAACAGCUUGGGCCACAGCCCACCAUCCGCACCGAAGGUCCUGCCCACUCCACCGACUCCUGCUAGUGGCAGCACCAGUGGUGGCAACAGCAGUAAACUCCAGGCGCAGAGGCAGCAGGAUGACGACGACGAUCGGCAAGAGGAGCAGCGGCAGCAGCAGUGGGAGGACCGUGAGCAGCAGCAGCGCCAGCAGCAGCAACAGCAGCAGGAACUGGAAAAGGACCUGCAGCGCCUGCACGACAACCCCAGCCACCAGUGUCAGCAGAGAGGUUCGCGUGAGGAGCACGUUCGUCGCCGUCUCUGCUACCUGGCAGUGGGACCCGGUCCUUCUGCUGCACCUGCCUCGGAGAGCUUCCCUGCUGCCAGUCCGCCCCCACCCCCCUCGCUGUCACCAGCCGCGUCGUCCUCUCUGCCAGAUGUUGCUGAUGGCACGAGGGCUGAAGGGGAAGGAGAGGAAGUUGAAGAGGCGCGGCUGUCCCUAGAAGGUGGUGGAUCGCCGUGAUCUCCCCCUCCACCUUCCUGCUGCAGCUACUGUGGUGCCCUUGUGUUCCUGUGGGCGCCCUCGUAGCCCACCGGCGGGGAGUUCAUCCGAGUCAUUAUCCUGCGUGUUUGUGAUGUCACAUCACCUAACUGCUGCACAAAUAGUGUUUUGCCUGAGUUAUGUUUGUGUCAUGCUGUUGUGUGUACUUUCUGUUGCCUUUUGAUAAUUGUUUUCAUUCCACAAUCCUUUUUUUGCUCUGCUACUUGGAAAAGAUUGUUGACAUGUUAAAGAUGUUAUUUUGCAAGUACACCUUACUGAACAUAUAUUUCACAUUGUACUUAAUCAUCCAAGCAUAUGCAUAUGGUCUCUCUCUCUCUCUCUCUCUCUCUCUCUCUCUCUCUCUCUCUCUCUCUCUAGUAAAGUUGAGGAAAGACUGCAUUUUACUGGUGCCUCAGAUACACCUCUUGUAUUUAUUACUUCCUGUAAAAUUUUGAGACAGAAAUGCUGUCCUGUUACGCACAUUCAGGGGGUGAAAAACCAGUACUGCUAACAGGCACAUGUAAAAAUAUGCAACACUAACCCAGUUUUCAGAACUAAUAGUUGAUUCCUUUGUGAGGAGAGAGCGUAGUUCAAGGAAUGCUAAAAAGGAAGGGCAGAUAUCUCAGACUCCAAAAUGACAGGGGUGCACUUGUGUUGAGGACAUCUCCUGUAUUUCCUGUUUUGCUUUUCAUCUUCAUUCUCUCUCUCCUCUUUCUCUUUUCUUUCUGUGCGCGUGCGCGCGCGCCCACACACACACACACACACACACACACACACACACACACCGAAAUAUAUGUCACAAAUCGAAACAUACUGUGUUCCAAUUUAUCAAAAGAUGUUUUAAUGUUAGUGACUGGAAUGUAAUGAGAAACGGCACUUGCACAUCCUGCAGUGCUCAAUGGUUAAGACACUGAACUUUCAUUCAGGGCACUAGUAGUUCAACUUCGGACUUUGAGGUUUCACUAAAGCAAAUGGCUACUUCGAUAAAAAGUCAGGCCUCAAGAAGACAGUUAAGUGAAGAAAAUUUAAGAGGAGCAAUGAGAAGAGCUUGUCAAUCAUAGUGUUAGGUAAACAAGUAAAAAGUAAAUUACCAAAAUAAAAAUUAAACUGCAAUAAAGAAAAAGUGGGUAGAUUGAUUUCAUCUGGUCACAGGUGGUGAUGCCUUUGUGCAAUAAUUACGGUACAUUGAAGAGAGAGUGUGUGGGAUUGUCUUAGUACUGUUCAGUAAUUGUGACUGUCUUGAGAAGAAACAGAGAAAAGGCAAUCAUAGAAAUGAUUGAAUCUUGUGUACCUGGGAUUUAUGAGCUGAGUAAUGAGCAAACAUGAGAAACAAAACAGAGACCAAAAUCAUUAUUAUUUUUCCUUUCUUUUUCUUCCUUCAACUCUCCAUCUAAAUGUGUAUGGAAAUUUUCUAUUUCAUUGUCUGCUUUGCGUUUGCUUCUAUUUUAUCCUUCUAAGCCAGUAUCUGUGGCUGUCUUCACUGUACACACAAACAGCAUCAGCAAAUGGCUGCUAUUGAUAGAAAGUGCCCAUUUCAUACCCUUCUUUUGAUAACAGCUAUGGAGUGGAUUUGAUGAAGUUAAAGUAUGCAUAUUUAUUUAUAUUGCUAAUAUUUUAUUCAUUAACAUAUAAAUUGCAACCCACUUUUACCAGAAUAAUGAAAUACAGAGCUAACUUUUAAAUUGUUGAUAAUGAAGAUGAUAGAAAAUGUUACCUUCUCUUCAGAAAAGCUGUGUUGAGCCCUGUGACUUGACAUUUCUGGCUUUUCCAUGAUGUUGGCCAUUGAUAGAUCACCUUGUUUGUUGCCAGUUUUUCCUCCUGCUUUGCUGUAACUUUCCAUCAUUGAUCUCUUGCAAAAUAAAUAUGAACCUUAGCUAUUGGUAGUUUUGUCUUGUGAUAUGUGGAUAAAGCAGCCUCUGUGACUUUAAUAUUUAGUUGGGGUUUUUGUCCAUUAGAUGAAGAUUGUGUCUACUGAGUGUGUUUGUACCAUUGGAGUGGAAAUUUUCCCACAUUCGUGGGUUUCCAUUUUGUUUAGAUUUUUACAUGACCGUUGGUUGUUCAUAUAUAUAUAUAUAAAUUUUGGAGAAGUUGUUGUUUAUUUAGAUUUUAAUUGCUUGUGAAUAGUUUUAACUUACUGCCAUUAGGGAGUUUCAUUGUUGGAAACAAGUACAAGUUUUAUAUUGUAUACCACCCGAGCAUGAAGAAGAUAUUUAAGCAAGUAUUGGAGAUUAUAAUUUAUUAAGAUACAAGGAUAUAUAAUUUUUGAGAAAAUAUAAAUUCAGUGCUCACAUAUAUAUACAUAUUGAAAAUAAGUAAAUGUAUAAAUUGGUAUUUAAAUUUUAAAAAGACGGUAAAUAAAAACUUGAUAAGAUAUAUUGAAUAAUUCGCAUUAAAAGAUAAAAAAAACAUUAGAUGUCACUUCUUUGUUUGUAAAUUGAUAGUGCUCCAUAAAAUAUGGUGCUUUUGGCUAUAAUAUAAAGUUACCACAAUGAAUAAGUUUAUUAAUUGACUAUGUACGUAAUACGAAAAAAAUAAAUUUUAAUGUUGUUACAUACAAAGAUAUAAGUAAAGUGCAUACAGUGCUCAAUAUUAGCUGUGCAGAUAUGCUAUUUGGUAGCUUUCUUGCCUGUGUAUUUGUAUGGUCGAACACAACAUGGAAAAAAAACAGUUUUCGUGUUUGUUGCAAUGUAGUGUAAUGUACUGUUCAUGAAUAGUCUGAGAGCCUCUCUUUUAAGAGCCUCAAGGUAAUUUAGUGUGGGAGUUGAAAUGUUGAGAUUCAUUGUAUAGAUCUUCUUAACUUUCUUGGUUGUCCUUUAUUUGCAAACAGUGUGGCAGAAUUUAAGUAUGAAGAACUUCCUUGUGUAACUUCACAAUGAAAUCAUAUUUAUUAUAUUGAGAAUCAUUUCCUCAUGUUUCCUUGUGCCUGUGGUCCGUCUGACUGUUGUGAAUCGUCAGUGAAUGCUUUGAGGUUUGUCUCCAUCCACUCUUUCACAGUUUGUGAAUACAUACUUAUUAAUAUACCUGUGAAAUGACUAGGAGAAUUGUCGGUAAUUGAUUAAAGUGUGAUUCACCUAGGAUAUGAAAUACACAGAAUUAAAAGAUUCUAGAAAGUUAAUGUAUGUUUUAUGUCACUGGGUGAUUUCUUCAAACUACAGGCAAUCAGUACCAUCCCAAAAAAACUUCCAGAGAUGUUAACCUUGUUAUUGAGGGAACACUUGGAAAAUGGCAAUGUCUUUCCUGCAGAUGAUGUGAUACGGGUAUAACUACAAAUAAAUUUUUUGGAAUAAAAUUUUUCUGUCUGU